UUCUGCUGAGAGUGCCAGACAAAUGAAGAUCUGUGACAGAGCUCAGCUUUUUCAAAAACGUGACAGAGGAAGGAAGAUUUCACAACAGGCUGAAGACGGAAAAGUGAAGAAUCAUCAAAAACCUGAAGACAAAGCUGCGUCUGACAGAAUGUUCAACAAACUGAGACACUUCAACAUAUAACAGCUGAUUUCACACUUGAAUGUUGAGACUUCAGCAGCAGGAAGAAGUGAUUGAGCAGGACAAACCUACUGUCGUCACACAGAGACCCUGAAGGGCCUCAGUUCAUCAGUUCAUCAGUCCAUCAGGUGGAUCAUAGAAGAAUGGCUAUCAGCGCUCCAAAAGACAAGUUUUUUGGUGUGUGGCUGAUCUUCUUCCUGCUUGGUUUGGGGACGCUACUGCCAUGGAACUUCUUCAUGACUGCUACCAUGUACUUCACCAGUCGUCUGAAGGACCCCUCAUUGGUCGAUUCUUCAGCCAAUCAGACAGAGGCAGCGGGUGAAUAUCGCGGUGUUCUGGAGGCCAAGUUCAACAACGUGAUGACGCUCUGCGCCAUGCUGCCGCUGCUGCUCUGCACCUGCCUCAACUCCUUCCUGCACACACUUAUUUCCCAGCGUCUGCGUGUGAUGGGCAGUCUGCUCAUCAUCAUGCUCGUCUUCCUCGUCACAGCUGUCCUCGUCAAAGUUCCCAUGGAGCCGCUGCCCUUCUUCUCCAUUACCAUGGUGACGAUUGUCAUCAUCAACUCCUUUGGGGCUGUGCUGCAGGGCAGUCUGUUUGGGAUGGCCGGUUUGCUGCCAGCUUCUUAUACGACUCCCAUUAUGAGCGGUCAGGGACUCGCUGGAACCUUUGCUGCCUUUGCCAUGAUCUGCGCCAUCGCAAGUGGAUCCGAGCUAAACAAUGCAGCGUUCGGUUACUUCAUCACAGCCUGUGUUGUCAUUCUUCUGUCCGUCCUCUCCUACGUCCUGCUGCCUAAACUGGAGUUUUUCCAGUUUUAUCAGGACAGACACAAGAAACAGAGGCCAGACGAGGACAACUCCAUCAAUCUGAUGAGUUCAGAGAGUCAAGCAGAAGCUGCUCAGACCAGACGACAGAACGUCUCCAUGAUGAAGAUAUUUAAGAAGAUCUGGCUGUUGGCUCUUUCUGUCUGUUUCACCUUCACCGUCACCAUUGGCACAUUUCCCGCCAUCACCGCCGACACCAAAUCCUCGCUCCGUGAUGGAGGCUCCUGGGACCUCUACUUCGUCCCGGUCAGCUGCUUCCUGCUCUUUAACCUGUGUGACUGGGGUGGGCGGAGCUUAACAGCCAUCUGUAUGUGGCCAAACAAGGACAGUGUCUUACUCCCCAUGUCCAUCGUGAGUCGCCUGGUUUUCAUCCCUCUCUUCAUGCUGUGUAACGUCCAGCCUCGUCUCCACCUGCCCGUCUUCUUCCAUCAUGAUGGCUUCUUCAUCAUCUUCAUGAUCAUCUUCGCCUUCAGUAACGGAUACCUGGCCAGCCUCUGCAUGUGCUACGGACCAAAGAACGUUCUGCCUCAUGAAGCUGAAACAGCCGGAGCCAUCAUGGCUUUCUUUCUGUCUCUGGGUUUGGCUUUAGGAGCUGCUCUCUCCUUCCUCUUCAGAGCACUGGUCUAACUGGGAAAACACCUGGUUGCUACUGGU